AUGUCGAACGAUAGAGAUCUUUUCGUUGCCUACGGCGUGCUCAUGGCUGGCGCCGUCGCUCCCAUCUACUUUGGCUCCUUCGCGUCUCUCAAAACGCCCAAGACGACUCGAGACCUGCUCAAAGCGGCCAAAAAGAAGCGAACUUCGGCAAGAGACGCGGAUCAGUCCGGCUCUGACACGGACUCGGAUUCGGAUUCGGAAGACGACGAAGACGCUCUGGACAAAGUCACGUCGUCCGAUGCCAUGUGGUUCCCCAUCAUGGGCUCGGCUGUGCUGCUUGGACUAUUCCUCAUCUUCAAGUACCUCAACAAAAAGUACGUUAACCUGUUGCUUAGCUUCUACUUUGGAUUCGUGGGCUGCCUCGCUCUCAGCCAGGCACUUGUUUCCACUACACGCUCCAUCGUGGGUCGCGAACUGUGGAAGAAGCUGCCCAACUUCCGACUGCAUCUGGAUCAGCGUGGACAGGGUCGUAUCUUCAAGCUCUCUUUCACCACCGUUGACGUGGCUCUGGUCGCGGUCUCUGCUAUGCUAGUUGGAGUAUACCUGGUGACCAAGAACUGGAUCAUUAGCAACUUGCUCGCCCUCUCCUUGUCGCUCAACGCCAUUGCCCUCAUGUCGCUCGACUCCUUCCGCACCGGUGCCAUCAUGCUCGGAGGCCUGUUUGUGUACGACAUCUUUUGGGUGUUUGCUACGCCCGUCAUGGUCUCGGUCGCGCGCAACUUUGAUGCGCCCAUCAAGAUCGUGUGGCCCAAAAACAUCCUCGAGGCCUUGUUGGCGCUGCAAGCACGAAAGCCGCUCCCCAAGCUGCAAUUCACCAUGCUUGGUUUGGGCGACAUUGUGAUCCCUGGUAUCUUUGUCGCGCUGGCACUGCGAUAUGACCAGCUCGUGGCGAGCGAGGCAAAGCCGUCGGCGAGCUUCACCAAGAAGAACACGCGCUUCGACAAGCCCUACUUCAAAGCUACGCUGGCUGCUUACGUGGGCGGGCUGGCGACUACAAUGGGCGUGAUGCACUUCUUCAAGGCUGCUCAACCGGCGCUGCUCUACCUGAGCCCUGCCUGCACCGGUGCUGUGUUUUUGACCGCUGCUCUUCGCGGCGAGUUCAAGAAGGUCUGGAACUGGACCGAUGGCGAGGAGGAGGACAAAGACAAGGAGCAAGAGAAGAAGAAGAAAGACGGCGAGAACGGCAAGGCAUCAAAGUCUGCUACCAGACGAUCCAGUCGUCGGUCCUCGGUAAAGAACGAGUGA